AUGCCUACUGCUUUGGGCAAAAGCGUACUGGGGUAUGAACUUACUGACAUUCUCAAUGUUGCUGGCGACGCUACACGUAGUAACCUGCUUGGGAGAUUCUAUGAUGGGCUCGCCGAUUUCGUCUACAUACUGAAACUUCGUAGUGAUCUGCUCAAUGAGUUCUUUGAUCGUACGAGUGUGCCGUUCAAGAAAAACUCUUUCCGUCUUGUGUUGUUCUACCAAAGUCUUCUACUGGCUACCAUUAUGAUUGGAAUGAUCUCAAUGAUUCCUUUUGGUAGUUAUCGGUUUAAUGGUAUCCUCCUCUACUGCGGUUUCUUCUUGACUGGCCUUCUCACUCUGCUUACAGUCUUCAAUCUUUCUACCACCACCUAUGCGUGGCUGUCGAUCGGUUUCACCUCAAUGGUGGGACUCAGUGUUCUCAUUUAUUUCGGUACCAUCUCUAUAGCUCUACCUAUCCAGAACGCCCUUAUUACUUUGCUUAUUUUCAUAGUUUAUGUCCACCUACCAGUCUCACUUGCGUUCUCUGUAGCAUUUAGCUUCCUUAUUUACGCAGGUCUUGCAAUGCUAGACACGUUCAAAUUUCUUCACGGUUUUGCUGCUCGCCAUAUAAUUGCAGAGCCUGACCAAAUGGAUCAUGACAGUCGUAUUCGCACCAUUUCUACGUUUUGCUUUUACCUCCUAAUUGCUGCUUCAUUCCUUGCAAUCUACCUCAAAACCUUCAUCUCCCUACGUCUCAAGGCCUCAUUUCUACGUGUAUGUCAAGCUGUUCAUAUGAACGCAGAGCAGAAGAAGGCCCUAGCGGAACAGACAGUUUGGAUUGAUGCUGUGAUGCCCAAAAAAAUUCGCGCAAAAUACUGGCAAAUGCUGAAACAACAUCGAGAUGUGGAUAAGUCGCUCUGGGUGUUUUGUGAGACCUAUGAUCCUGUAUCGAUUCUCUUCUCCGAAAUAUCUGGAUUCACCACACUUCUAGACAGUUUGUCGGCGUCCAAGCUCCUCUUUCUCUUAAACUCUCUCUUCAUCAAAUUCGACAACCUCUGCUUUAAUUGUGGUUGUGAAAGGAUAGGUACGCUGGGCUCCAUUUACUAUUGCGUCAGUGGAUGUCCAAGUCCAAGAAUCGAUCAUGCCGAAUGCUGUGCGAAUCUUGCUCUGCUCAUGAUGGACGUUGUGAAGGGACUGAAAUAUGAGUGUCAUAUUGAGCUAACCCUCUCCGUCAGUAUUCACACAGGCAACGUUAAUGGAGCACUGGUGGGGAUGGAUAGGUUUCACUUUGACAUUUAUUCAUACAGUGUACUCACGGCUCAAAAACUUCUGGCUACUUGUCCAUCCGGUCACAUUCAUAUAUCUGGUGAUUUUGAACGUCUCCUUCCUGCGUCCUUCAAGACUAGUCCUGCUCAAGAGAUUACAGAGAAGCGAGAAGUGCAAUCAGCCAUCGCUGGUAUGAAAUUGAUAGAUACAACGGUUUCAACAUACUACUUAGAUGUCGAAUCGGAGCGUCUCAUUUCUACAGGAUCGCUACGCCACAGUCUGGAAACAAAAGCAAUUUUUCGCCUUGAAGGGAGAGGAACCACCGUUAGCGACCAUAAAUCCGAUGUUCGACAAGUGACAAAGCCCAGAAAACAAAGCCCUUCUUGGCAUAAGCGCGUUGUAGCCAAGAGAUCAGAGUUUUCAUACAUUCGUAGUAAGCCCUUUACUAAGGCUGAACGCCCUCUCAAUUCUGUUAUAUGGAAUACGGAUGCUUACCAAGGUCGAAAAACAGCAACUGCUCGAGAGUACAUUUUUGGUGUUCCAGCUGAAAAUCAAGGCAGCAUAUCACAGUUGGUAGAGAACAGGGAAAUGAACACCCUGGACAAUGAGGUAAUUAAAGAAAUGUAUACUGAUUCCGGGAAUUUAUCAUCCCUAUUUAAUCCAACACUUCUUAAUCCACUCACUUUAAGGUUUCGUGAUAGCGAAAUAGAGAAAAUGUACAAACAUCGAAAUGCAAACCAAACGACACCAGUCUACAUUGACUCGGUAAAGCUGGCCCCUGCUUUUGAUACAAUCUUCCUCUACAUUUACGUUCUUUUAUUCACCGCUGCCUACAUAACUGCCAUGGGGAAGGAAUCAUUGACAGGAAUCCUCAUCUCUGCCCUUUCUUGCGUUUCGACAAUUUUGCUUACGUUGCCGGGCAUCAUUUUGAUAAACUACGCAAUUUUCCAAAGGAGUCCCGAGAGAGGUAGAUUUGUAGAAAGGUUUUACCGUGUAGGCAGAUCGAAAGUAUUCACUGAGCUUCUCUGCUUUGUUAUCGGUCUGCUACCAACAGUUGAGAUCAUCUUAUUCCUCUUUUUUAUUUCACCAAGCAAAUUUUUUUAUCCAAGGGACAGUAUCAUAAUGUUUUUCGGACCUGCCGCCAUCCUAGUCCAUUGUCUGCCAGUAUAUUCGCCGUACAUUGUUCGCUGCAUUUCUUCUGGAGUAUCAACCGCCAUCUUCUUCCUAUAUAUCAUUUUUUUUGCAAAACUUAGUGUAAUGUAUCGGUCUGAGUACGCGUGGUUCUACGAUGCCUCACACUUUCAGCCCUAUACACUUGCCUCGUUGAUGUCCAUAAUCGUCGCAUGGAUUCUGGUACUGUUUGUGGCUCGGCUAAACGAAAUCACUUGCCGUCUGCGCUUCUUUAUGGUUAUGGAGGUGGAGAAAACUGCCGCAUCUACGGCACGAGCGAUGCAAGAAUGUGAUACUUUCAUUUACAACGUAAUUCCUAUGCAUGUAGUUCGAAGCCUGUUGGCUGAAGGCACUCAGACCUUAAAAAUCAACUCUGUCAACCAUGCUGCACUCGUUCCGCAGGUUGGAAUUGCUUUUAUCCGCCUAACCAACUUCUUCAAUGGCUACUACCGCGAAGAUUACCACGGCGGUAAGCAUGCGAUUGAGCUGUUGAAUCAAAUAAUAUGCAUGUUUGAUCGACGCCUGCGUAGACCUGAAUACAAUGAAGUGGAGAAGCUGAAAACCUACAACGACUCAUACAUGGUAGCUGCAGGUUUGGAUUUAAGCCAGAGGGAGCAAAACUCGGAUCAGACCACACAUUUAUUAAAAUUGCUACGAUUCUGCUUUAGCCUUUUUAGGUUAAUUGAUAAGUUUAAUGAGAAGUUCAUCCUGGGUAAGGAUAAUGCUUUUGGACUGGGUGUUGGUGUGGACGUGGGUCCAGUAUGUGCUGGUCUGAUCGGUUCGGUGCAGCCUUACUACCAUGUGAUUGGUAGACCAGCGGAUAUUGCCUAUCUUCUGCAUCUCACCUCCCUUCCAGGAAAAAUUGUUGUCAGCAACAGCGUAAGGGUUGCACUGAUUUCUCAUUUUCGUUUUGUUGAGGCCAUACUAUCCAACCCCCCCAGAACUGAGGAGUCAUACUACUAUUGUGUCUAA